AGCAUCUGGAAAAUCCCUGAGAAUCUGUAUUGGAAUUUGGGUAAUCAUCGAUCAUGGUUUCGAAUUGCCUUCGUCUCCGUCUCAAUCUGCAUCCCCACCUCGCCCCCAACUCUGCAGACAAACCACAGCCAAGGAAUUCUUCUCUUCUCACCAAUCAUUUCUUAACUACAAAUCUAACCGUCAGUGCCACCCAUCAUCAACAUCACCACUUGCACUUACUCCAUAGAAGAAGAGGAAGAAAAAGAAGAUGCUCUCCUCCAGUGAUGGCCUCAAGCCAAGAUUCACUUUACUAUGACAAGGACGCAGCAGGCCUUGCCAAUGACGAUCUCAAGCCGACGACGCCGGAACAGAGGAAUUUCUCCGGGUUGGAGAUGGCCAGCCUCUGGGUGGGGCUUGUGGUGGGGGUCCCUACUUAUUACCUAGCCGGCAGCCUUGUGGACCUUGGCAUGGCCUGGUGGCAGGGCAUCGCCACCGUCGUCGCCGCCAACGUCAUCCUAUUGGUCCCGUUGAUCCUGACAGGGCACCCCGGGACUCGCUAUGGCAUCUCUUUCCCAGUGCUCGCCCGCUCUGCUUUCGGGAUUAGAGGUGCCCAUGUCCCCACUCUCCUGCGUGCUUUGGUUGGCUGCGGUUGGUUCGGCAUCGAAACCUGGAUCGGCGGUGAAGCCAUCUUCCUCCUCCUACCCUCCUCCCUUAAGCAUGCUUCUUUUGCUCAUUCCCUCCCAUGGCUGGGCACCUCCCCUCUUGAGUUCUCCUGUUUCCUUGUCUUCUGGAUGGCCCAGAUGGCCAUCAUAUGGAAAGGUAUUGAUGGUAUUCGGGACCUGGAGAAGUACUCUGCGCCGGUUCUCAUUCUGCUUACUUCUUCUCUCCUCUGCUGGGCUUACGUCAAAGCUGGUGGGUUGGGACAUAUGCUCUCCUUAUCUUCUCGUCUCUCCUCCUCCGAGUUCUGGGCUCUCUUCUUCCCUUCUCUCACUGCCAAUAUUAGCUUCUGGGCCACUCUUGCGCUUAACAUACCAGACUUCACUCGCUAUGCCAAGACCCAGACUGAUCAGAUCAUUGGCCAAGCAGGGCUUCCCAUCUUCAUGGGCGCAUUCACUUUCGUUGGCCUCGCUGUUACGUCCUCCACCAAAGUGGUCUUUGGUCGCGUGAUUUCGAAUCCGAUUCAACUCCUCGGACAGAUUGGAGGGUUCUCCACGAUGAUUCUCGCCAUCAUUGGAAUCAGUCUCGCCACACUCACCACCAACAUUGCUGCUAAUGUCGUCGCCCCUGCCAAUGCCCUUGUCAACCUCAGCCCUUCCAAGUUCACCUUCAGAAGAGGAGCUCUUCUCACUGCUUUGCUGGGGAUUGUUUGUCAGCCUUGGAGACUUCUCCAAUCGAGCGAGAGCUUCGUCUAUACUUGGCUUGUCGGCUACUCUGCGCUACUUGGUCCGAUUGGAGGCAUAAUUCUUGUUGAUUACUACCUCCUGCGUCGCACUAAUUUAAAUGUCAAUGACUUGUAUUCCACAAAGCCUACUGGAGCUUACCAUUACACUGGAGGAUACAAUCUCGCAGCAAUGGCGGCUCUGAUUAUUGGGAUUCUGCCCGUCAUCCCAGGUUUCCUUCACAAGGUCGGAAUCUUAACUUCAAUCUCAGACACAUUUGUCAUCUUUUACAACAAUGCCUGGUUCAUUAGUUUCUUCUCUGCUGGUAUUAUUUAUUGGAUACUUUCAUCUUUCGGAGGAGCCAAAAGGAAUUAUCAGUCUUCAGACCCCUUGCUGCCCACUACAGAGUAGUAUUCUUAAUAUGUACAUGGAUGGGAUUUUGCGCGCGUGAUUGCAGACUUCCUUAGCCAGUUAAUAACCUCAAGCUCAAUCUCAGACACGUCUGUUGUUGUUAGCAGCAACACCAGAUUCAUUUGUGAUUUUUCUCCAUUGAGAAAUUGCAACAAACAGAACCCCUUCAUUAGACUGCACCACCACAGUUCUUGUAUUUCAGUUGAAACAAAUCAUAUUUG